GCGGCCCGAUCUCUGAGGCCAUGAGGCACGUAACUUCUCUGAGGAGAAAGAAGUGAAGUAGCAGAAGAAGAUGGCCGCCAGCUUGAAGGACCGCGCCUCGUCCUGGUUCCGCUCCAUCGUUGGGGUACCUCGGCAGCAGCAGCCGCCGAUGGCGGCUCGGAGCGUCGCCAUCGCGGCACAGCAGGAGACCGGUGUCCAAACGCCGCCUGGCCUCGCAUAUCCGCCUCCCACGGUGGCGGAACCGAGCAGGUCGCUGCCGCAGGACGCCCCCAAUGCAGCCAUGUUUCAGCCUCCCACGCCAGAACCGGCGCUGGAGCCCGCCGGCACGGCGACGCCUGUUCAGCCCUCCAGCAGAACACCGCCGAUGUCGAUGUACGCGAGCGUAAUAGGUCAGCCCGCUGCGCCGGAGGCUUCGACAAGACCACGACACGCCGGCACCAUCGCAAACCAGCCUUAUAUGGUACCGGAGAGGGUGCCUGUCGGAGAAACCGAUGUCCACCUGCAGCAAACGUGCCGCCGCAGUUCGUUGUGGACGCCGCUACCGCACCAGAGUGUGCAAACCGGGACCGUCCCACUGAUGUCGCUCGAGAACUCGGUGGUGGUCCUGGGCGACUACCUCAAGUCCGUCGGCGAAGCACCGGCGGAGCCAGGAGAGGCUGUCCGCGUGAUCUGCCAGUUCGUCGUCUUGCUCUUCUUGACGACGGCCGCAGUGUUCGUGCUAUGCCUGCUGCUCUUCGGAUCCUCGUUCGAAACUCACACCAGGAACAGAAGCUCGGAGAAGCCGACCGGCGCGGACGAAAGCUUCCGCCUCGAGGACUUUCCGGUAGCCCCCGAGAUAGACGUGAUAACUCAGCGUGGGUCCACAAACGGAACCACCGUGACUGUCUGGGCCCUCUACAACGACGUGGCCGAAACGGCGACUGGCAUACACAGGCGCUGAUCGGAAGUAGCGGCGACGUAACGCUAAGUUACCGAAAAGCCGAACAGAUGUGCGAUUUUUCUCGUAGCUCAUGUAACAUUGAAGAUAAAUUGCA